AUGGAAACUUCAAGGAAAAGAGCCACUCAUCAACAUCAUAGGUCAUCAUCACCAACGUUUGAACAACAACGAGAACAUGCAUUGAAAGGUAACAUGUCAAUGUUUUCAGAAACCAAAUGUUGUUACUAUUUAUUGGAGACUGUGCCUUUGCCAGGACCUACAUGGUCUUCAUCUGAACCUUCUGUAUUGGCUGAUCCACCACCAUCUUCAUCAUCAUCAUCAUUCAUUGAAGCUUCUGUGGGAUCAGAGAUGGGAGAGAACAACCAAGGUUCUUUGUAUACUUGGUGGAUUGGGUUUCUUGAAGGUUUAGAUGGAAAAAAGACCAUUGAAAAGAAUGAGGUUGUGAUGGAACAUUCUAAAGGGGCUACUAGCUUUGAAUCGAAAUUUGUGGAUGCUAUUGAUGUUGGUUGUUGUGAUGAUUGGUUGAUUGUUCCAACAAUGGAGAUGGAUUUGGGAGAGAUAGUUGUUGUUCCAUAG